AUGGCGAACAAUACUACAGACUCUAAUUUACAUGUAAUUUGCACUACUGUCGACCAUCCAGGACAUACAUAUACCAGGAACCCACUACCGGCAUCUGCGGAUAAAGUCAACAAGCUUUUGCAGGAAAACCACACAAAGUUUCAUGCGUUUUUCAAUUAUCACGAGAUCACACAUGGGAUUUUCCAACACAAUCACCAUGCGCACCAUGCAUUGACCCUUUUCGCUCUGGGGGCCUCUCCUAAGCUCAUAGAAAAGGCCUAUACUACAAACUCAGGCUUUCAGCGGAUCCAGCCACCACUGGUUGAAGCAGUUUCCGACCAGCUUGGCGAUUGGGCCGUGUUCGAGCUUUCCCUGGCUAAUGAGCAUAACUACGCCAACUUUCUCCAUUAUUUCGAGAAAUAUGCUGCGAAGCAUGGCAUUGAGGAGCUGGUGAAUCGUUUUCUGUUCCAUGGCGACCAGUUUGCAGAGCAAGUGUUUGCACGCCAGUUUCUAGGAUUUGUACAUCCACUGAUUCAUACGUUGGCGGGCCUUGAAUUUGGUCAACCUGCUAUCGUGGCGGAAGGCCUCGCUCAGGCGUGCGUUCACAGGGAUGAAUAUCUGAUACCCAUCAUGUUCGAGAUCGAGAAGGUUUCCGCCGCUCACUGUGAACGAUGGACUUUGGUCGAUAUAUUCGCAGCUUGCCGUGCCAGCAAAGACUUGAAAAGCAGCGUCAAGUAUGACGAUUUUGAUAAAUUGAAAAAUGGGUUGUUAUUGCGAGCGCGGCAGAGCACCAUUGCCAUGGCCGGUCGGUGGAGGGUGGAGCCCGACGAGAUCGAUCUCCGAAUGGCAGAACUUCAGAAUGCAACUGCAUUCAUGCUCGCUGGUGCACAGCGCAGAGGCAAAGCGCCCCGGAUGGACUUCUUCACCAUGCAUGGCACGAACUGCGCCGUUUUUGUCAGUGCAUUGGUGCAGAAGUCUUGGGUUUCGCCCGUGGAUAAGGCGCGCCUCCUUUCGUGGUUUGGUCGCUUUUCAGUGAUUGCGUAUCUCGUUCACGGCGCGCCACAGCUUGAUCUAACGAUUCUUCGCGAAAUGACGACAGUUCAGAGUCCGGAUGGGUGGGACGAUGCCAUCCGACGCAGCUGCGCGUUUAUGGAUGAUGGCCAUGCUUGCAAGAUGGUGCGUUCCCUGGCUUGGGCGGAGCAGACAUGCAAACCCUACGAGGGCCUGGAUGGCUUUUGUAUGGCCGGUGAUGAUUUUGUCAAGGCGGCUACGAUUGUUGCUGAUUCACUUACUGGGGAUGGUGGGCGAUCGGGUCCCGAUAUGGAUGAGUGCUGGAUUCGCGGGGCGGGUUUUGAUGAAGCCUGGAAAGAUGUACCAAGCGUGGGCAAAUAG